ACUAUAAAAUCUCACCAUAUUACAGAAUGUGAACACACAACAAACUCCUCUGACAGCACAGUGCCACAGAGAUGGGUUAUUACACAGAACUACGAAGCUCACUUCACACGUGGUAUCACCAAAGUGCCGGACUCCGUAACUUACGGCGACUGUUCGAAGAUAAUGAAUACCGGGACCCAACCCACGAACCUCGCUCCAAAUACCAAAUAGACAGGUACGAGUGUUGGAGGGUUACUAGCUACAUGCUGUGUCUCCCCGUGGGGGCGCUGGCAGCGUACCAAGGUUACAGAGCCGCUACUGACCAGUUCACCAAGGUUAACGAGCUCACUAUUUACGAGAGCAGGCUGUCCAUGUGGCGGGUCAGGUCUAACUUCAGGUGGAUGGGAGCUAUGGGGUACGGUAUCCCUGUCAUGAUCCGAACUUUUACUUUCGUGGCGUUUUUGUUGGGGGUUCCGGCUCUGGCGGGGGUUUACCGGGAUGAUAGGGACCGUGUUUCCCAUUAUGUUGUUUCAGCCGGGUUUGGUGCCAUGUUGGUGACACUGAUGACUACUAGUUCCGAGUUCAGAGGUAUCAGACAGAAGGUCGUGGCAGCGGGUCUGGGGAUGUUGCCAGGGUUACUAGCUGGGCUUUUGUUCACGCAGGGUCAGAAACAAGAUAUUUACCCGUUUUAUGAUCUUUACAAAGAGAGGUGGAGGAGUAUAGAUCCGCUGUGGGCUGACUUCGUGGAGAGACAUGAUAAUGAAGAGGAGUCUCUAGCUGUAGCUAGAAGUAGUGGUCACGUGAUGCAACAUAAACAGAAUCUUGUAGAUGAGAAGAACCUUCUAGAGGAAAAGAAACUUCUAGAUGAGAAGAUCUCUCUAGAUAAGAAGACCCUUGUAGAUAAAGUGAACUCUGAUGCUUCCUCAGUCAGCUGUGAUGUGUCAAAUAGAUCAUCAGAAGAAUGUAUCGAGUCAGCUGAAGUUGUGACAGAAGUUGAAGACAAAUUAUGAUAUUUAGUAUAACCAAGUCAUGUGGUCAAUGUUAAAUAUUAUAAACAUUUUAAAUUUAGGAUGUAACUUAUUUAUUAAAUCUCUAGAAGAAUUUCUCCUUUUACUCUGAUUUUUCCCUAGACAAUAGAAAAGUAAGUGAUUAAUGAGCAAUAUAUUUGGUUUUAUAUACUAUUUUUUGUUUAUGAUGGAAAACCCAUCACAUGAUCCCAGCUCAUUUUAUAACUAACUCCAGAAGGGCGAUGGACAGUCUCGGUAGCAAGAUCAAUGAUCUGUGUAACAAACAUUACAACACGCUUCCUAAAAAAGGAAAACCAGCAGCUAACCAAUGGACGGUUUUAUCAGCCGUUGUCAUGGAACUUUCUGGCAACCUCACUGUCCUCACCAUGGCAACAGGUACCAAAUGUGUGGGCGAAGAACAGAAAACUCCGCACAUUGUAUCGGAUAGUCAUGCGGAGGUGCUGUCUUUGAGAUUAUUCAGGUUAUUUUUAGUGGAGGAUAUUACAACUUGUCUGAAAAGUGGUGGUGGUUUGUGUUUACAGAAGGGUGUUGAUGGGAGGUUUGUAGUUAAGGAGGGGGUCACUCUUCACUUCUAUUCUUCCUGUGUAAUGUGUGGUGACGCAACUAUCUCUGAAUCAGAUCCUAAGCAGACUGACAAGAAAGAAUCCAAAUCUGUAACUGAUAAUAUUGAUGACUGUGUUUCUACCAGAAAACGACCGUCCGCAGAAUGUAACUCCUCAUAUUCUAAACACCCUAAACUAGACCAACUAGACCAAAUGUCCAGAACCGGAGCCAAAUGCUUGCUUUCGGACAACUUCCACACAGACACUCUCAAAGCCAGAUCCUGGCGGAAAACUUCAGUUCUCAGGACAAAACCAGGUCGAGGACCAGUCUGCCUUUCACUGAGUUGCUCUGAUAAACUGAUGAAAAGGCAGUUUCUGGGACUGCAAGGGGGCCUAUUGUCAAAGUUUUUACCUGCUCCUAUCCGGUUCUCUUCCUUCUGUAUUGGAGGGGAUUUUUCUAUGAGCAGUGUAAAACGAGCCCUGUUAAACCGUCUCCCAGACAACUUGUUACCACCCCCACAAAUACUAAAAGUAGAGGAUGCGUUUGUUAACAGUGCUAACAAUUGUAAGUGUAAUAGUGGUGACGUCAUAGCUGCAAGUGGUGACGUCAUAGCUGCAAUUGGUGACGUCAUAGCUGCAAGUGGUGACGUCAUAGCUGCAAGUUCUUCCCUCUUGUGGAUGAAACACGGUGAACAAGAUCUGCAAUGGGCGGGUGUCAAAGGUAAGCUUCAGGGCGCUACAAAAUCCUCAUCCCAAGUAAAAAUAAUGCUGCCCGUUUGCAGAGCAGCGAUGCUGAAGCAGGCCACUGUACUUUCUUCUUUGUUAGAAUCUGGGGGAAAUGUUUCAGUCCAAGAUUCCAAGCCACUUUUGGAGAAAGAUGAAUUUAGUAGGCAGUAUCUAUUUUUCAAGUGUGAGUCCUCGUAUAAGAAUAGUAAAGCAGAAUUUUGCAAAUAUUUUGUCGGUUGGGAUCGAAAAGUGAGCGGUAAAAUUCACAGAACUUCUCAAAAUAUUGAGAAGGAGAAUGGAAAAUGAGCGUUUUUAAACUCUUUUUAGUUUAUCGAAGUUGCAUAAUUGAAGGUUCAAUUUAGUGGCAUCAUUGCAAUUGGUAGAUUUUUAUAAGUUAUUUAAGUUUUAUAAUUUAUUUAUAAUCUUUGUAAGGGAAUAUUAACAGUUGCACUUGUUGAAUAUGUUGAUAUGACAUUACACGGUUUUUAUUGCUUUCAUUAUCGCAUACUAAAGUUUCCUGAUCGUCUCAAAAUGAGAAGCUUUUGUUUAUUCAGAUUGAGUUACAUUGACCUUCCUC